AUAAUUUGUUACAGGUAGUUUUAACCUUCAAGAUCAUUCAAUUCCAUCAAAAAGAAUGAGCAAUCAAAGAAGAGUGUUCAGAAACAACCUCAAUAAUGACCAUUUAAGGUCUCCCUACGCUAGAGGUUCAGGAUUACGCACUCCAAACGCAUCCAGAGUUGCACCAAAGGUAAGUGAUCAAUCAAGGAUCUCUGAUGAAACUAAAAGAUACUAACAGAUCCUCAAGACCCCUGGAAGUAUAUUUAGCAAAGUUAAACAAAUGUUUUCUCCAAGUGCUUGGUUGAGUGAAAAUGAAAGCACUAUAGGUGAUGACUCUGAUGCCAGUUUUGCAUCUGAAUUAAACUCAAUCCCUCCUUCUUCAAUACAGCAAACCCCAAAGAAUCCAAUUGAUGAAUUCCAUAGAAUGCAACAUCAGAAGAUUAAAGAUUCACCAAACGCUAGACUAGCUGAUUUUUUUGCAAAGAAAGGUACUGAGCCUUUGUCAGAAAUUGAAUUAGAAGGUGUCAGGGCAUUAUUGGAAAAAUCAAACUCUGUUCAAACAAGCCCAAAAACUCCAAGAAAUGAAUCAUUCAAUUCUGAGGAUCAAAUAGAAAUCUUGAAACCAAAAAACACCGAGUCAGCUGUUAAAAAUACACCAUCUUUCAAAGCUACAUAUAACACAACUGUUAGUGCUGAAAAUUCAUUUGAUAAUUCAGUUGCUAGCUCCAAUAUAACAAGUUCACGUAAGAGACGUGUAUUUGAUUUUUCAGGAUUUCCGUCCCCUUAUAGAACUUCAAGAUUAAAAGAAUCAAGUUUCAUGCUAGAGGAAGAUAAACCAGAAGUUUCAACUGAGGCUAACGUGGAACCACCAAAAGAAGAGAAGAAGUUGAGUAAUACAGCAUCAGCUUUAUUAUCAUUUAUUGAGAAUCAUGAAACUACAGAGGAAUCAAAUGAAAAGAAACAGGAUACUCAAUCAAAGAAAAAAGUGGAUUAUAGUAACCCAUAUGCUACAAUCUCAACAUCCCAUAAAAAGACUAAAAAGCCUGCUAGCCGUAAACCAACAGCAUUUGAACAACUUGAGAAAUCAUUAUCCGCUGCACCACAACCUGAAUUACCAAACAUUAACAAAUAUAAACCUGCAAAAUCUUCCUCACUACGUGAAUCUAUAUCUUUGAAUGAUACCACUGAUCAAUCAGUUGAAGAAAUUGAAGUUGAUGAACCUGAACAAGAAGCUCUAAAACCUCAAGUACCAUCAUUCUCUUUCAAAGCUCCAGAACCACCAAAAGAACAAGAUAAACCACCUAUACCAACCGAAAAUCCAUCAGAACCAAAACCAACUUUCAAUUCCAAACCAUUAUUUUCAUUCGCACCAAAACCUACAACUGCAUCAUUCUCUCCAGAAUCAACCAUACAGACAGAAAACACACAACUACAGAAACGAGAUACCCAAAUAUCACCAAGACCUAAACAAUUUUCAUUUAGUGGAUCAGUUGUGAAUCAAGAUACCCGUCCACCAAGUUCAGAUUUCACAUUUAGAUUUCCUAAUGCUGAGCCAUUAGGCUACAAAUCUGCUGAUAUAAAUGAACAAAAAGUUGCACAUUUCAAGACUUAUUUUACUUUUUGAAUAAUUUAAAAGAUUUUUAAUGCAUUGGGACAUUCAUUUGUAGUUUUUUUAAAGUUCAUCAUCAUUGUUCGAUGAUCAAGUUUAUGACCUUCCAUUGUAGGGUAAAAAAGUGAAAAAUCGCGAAGAAAAUAAGAUCAAACGAAUAAACGAGAAAAUCGUAUUAUCAAAACAACUUUUCCAAAUCAAUUGCAUUCAUUAUACUCAACCACUCAUCAUGUC